GAAUACGGUUUUGAGUCUCUUUUUGCUGAGCUUCUUUGGAUGGUCAUCAGCUUCUUCGGGAUCGCGUUCGAUCCUCAGAGAAAUCGGUGCCGAAAACGGUGAUCCUCGUGACUAUGGCGUCGAUUUGAAUCUUACCAACUUUGAUUCUGUCCUUAAGGAUACCCCGGCUACCUAUGCCGUCGUUGAAUUUUUCGCUCACUGGCUUGUACGCAAGGCCUUAAUUGCAGAUUGUCUCUUUUAAAGGUUCCAUCUUUCAUGCCCUAUGCGAAUGAAAUUUUGAUUCAAUUACUGGUUCAAAUGGUAGACUGGUGUUGAAUUCAAUGAGAUUGAUUCAUGUUGGCACUUUUGUUUUUUGUGUAAAUGUAAGUUCAGCGUUAUGAUUUUGUGCACAAGAUGGUUAAUUUGAAGAUCAAAGUAUAUUGGACUGGAAAGUAACUUGAAUUGGUGAACGGUUUCAAGAGUUGAUUGAUACACUUUCAGUAGUUGCCUAGUUGGUGUCCUGCUUGCAGAAAUUAUAAGCCCCAUUAUGAAAAAGUAGCAAGGCUUUUUAAUGGGCCAGAUGCGGUUCAUCCAGGGAUGGUAUUGAUGACUAGGGUAGACUGUGCAUCUAAGAUAAAUACUAAACUCUGUGAUAGAUUCUCUGUGAGUCAUUAUCCUAUGCUCUUCUGGGGACCUCCUUCUAAAUUUGUUGGUGGUAGUUGGGAACCUAAGAAGGAGAAAAGUGAAAUACUUGUAAUUGAUGAUGGGCGUACAGCUGAUCGGUUACUUAAUUGGAUCAAUAAGCAAUUGGGCAGCUCAUUCAGCUUGGAUGAUGAGAAAUUUGAAAAUGACCAUCUUCCAUCAAAUGUCUCAGACCCUGGACAGAUUGCACGAGCUGUCUAUGAUGUUGAAGAGGCUACAACCACUGCCUUAGAAAUCAUCUUAGAACACAAGAUGAUCAAAUCAAAUACUCGAGCUUCACUCAUUAAAUUUCUUCAAAUUUUAGUAGCUCAUCACCCUUCUAAGAGGUGCCGAAAGGGAAGUGCUGAGAUUCUUGUGAACUUUGAUGAUUUGUUCCCAUCAGAUCUGCUGUUGGCCGACAAACAGGAAGAAAAUGAUGGAAAGAGUCCAUUGAGUAGUUUCCAGAUUUGUGGAAAAGAUGUUCCUCGUGGAUAUUGGAUGUUUUGCCGUGGCAGCAAGAAUGAAACCAGGGGUUUUAGUUGUGGAUUGUGGGUUCUUAUACAUUCUUUGUCGGUAAGAGUUGAGGAUGAGGAGAGCCAGUUUGCGUUUACUGCUAUACGUGAUUUUGUGCAUAACUUUUUCAUAUGCGAGGAAUGCCGCCAACAUUUUCAUAAGAUGUGCUCAAGUGUUUCUGGUCCUUUUACAAAAACCCGUGACUUGGUACUUUGGCUAUGGAAUGCUCACAAUAAGGUCAAUACAAGACUAAUCAAAGAAGAGGCAUCUCUAGAAACUGCUGAUCCUAAAUUCCCUAAGAUGAUAUGGCCUCCAAAACAGCUUUGCCCUUCUUGUUAUCGCUCUCAUACCCAGAGGAAUAAUGAAAUUGACUGGGAUCAGGACGAAGUAUUCAAAUUUUUAACUAACUAUUAUGGAAAGACCCUUGUUUCUCUUUACAAAGAUAAAGACGCUCUUGGGAAUGAUGGGGCUGAUGGGGCUAUUGAAGAAUUAGUGGCUUCUACAAAUGCGCUUGUGGUGCCUGUGGGUGCUGCAUUGGCAAUUGCUGUCGCUAGCUGUGCAUUCGGAGCACUUGCUUGCUACUGGCGCUCACAGCAGAAGAGUCGGAAGUAUUUUCAUCAACUACACUCUUUAAAGAACAUAUGAUAGUUAGGAGGGCCAAGAAGAAACUGGAACUAGGAAUUUUUUAAAGGUUUACAAGCCAAGAAGAAAUGGGAGCCAAGACUGUUGUAAAGGGAAAAUUUAUGCAUUGAAGGGAGGCUGAGUAAGAAUCCACACACAGCCUUGUAGCAGAUGCUUGUCUUGGGGUCAAAUCAAGCUUUUACUAUUUAAAGAUCCUAUGUGGAUUGUACAGAUUUAAUCAUAUUAAAUUUUGGGAGAGAAGCCACCAUUAGAUCUGCGGCCUUUUGUUAUAUUUUCCUCUUAUGUUUCUCUCUUCAUUUUUUCACCAUGUUUAGUUGUUAAUUUUACAGAUUUAGUCAAAAGAAAUGAGAAACCAUUAAUAGUGCAAUUAUAUUACUCCAA